GACAGCCAGUGCGCAUGCUCACUAACGAGCCAUUCGUUUGCACCUGACAGUCUGCCGGAGAGUUUCUACCUGGACGCAGGUGAGACGAAGAACAAACCUCUGGAGAGCAUCCAGACACUGACGUAAAUAUCUAACUUUAGCUGGAGCUCGUAUGUCUCAUCCAGCCGGCAGGAUCCACUGAGAUAAAUAAAGAGAUGUCUACUGCUGCUGUCAAUGGUCGCUUCAUGUAUUUCGCUUUUGGGAGCAACUUGUUGAAGGAGAGAUUGCAGCUGGCAAACCCCACCGCGAUAUUUUUCACUACAGGUCGACUGAAGGACUACAAGCUGAACUUUGGCCUGUGGGAGAAACAUGCGCACAGCACUUGGCAUGGCGGAGUGGCCACCAUAGAGUCCCAUCCAGGGGCAGAGGUGUGGGGGGUUAUCUGGACUCUGAGCAACGAAAACCUUGGGAGCCUGGACAACCAAGAAGGGGUGUGCCAGGGGAAGUACUCUCCUCUGGAGGUUUCAGUGGAGACCGAUAAAGGACUGAUGCGCUGCAGGACUUAUCAGAUGAACAACUUCCACGCCUGUCCUCCCUCUCCUCAGUAUAAACAGGUGGUGUGUCUGGGUGCAGAGCAGAACGGACUGCCGGUAGAGUACCUCAAGAGCCUGGAGGCAAUUCAGACCAACAACUACAACGGCCCCACAAUCCUUGAUCAGAUCAGAACAGUUAUGAAGUAGAGACUGCUGAAAGUUCGCCUUCUUGACUUUGAAAACAUUAGUUGACAAGCGCAUGCUCACCACAAGGUCUAUAGGCAUCAAGAGCAAAAACAAAAUGGAUCUUGUGGGUUAUCUUGUGUUGUCAAGUUGCUAAGUAGAUCGAUCUCCCGAAAAAAACAUCUUACAGUUCAUUUACUAGCACUAGUUCCUGAAGUUUCAGACCACAUUUCUGUCUUUAUUACUGUAAUCUUUAAAUUUCAGUAGCACAGUAAUAUAAUAUGUAAUGUGGAUGAAGGAUGAAGAUUGCGCCUCAAGAUUUCCUUCCUCAGUUGAGUGAAAUGCCAUCAUCUUGUGGUCAGAAGUUAAACUCAACUUUUAUUUCAAACUGCUAAUGACCAAUAGAGUGAGAAGCAUAUUGACAAAUGUGUUUAAAUUCAGACCGGUCACAGCAGAAUACUGAAUUGCAUCUGGCAAGACAGAAAAUUGUUCAUUUCCAGUAUUUAUGAGGGGAGUACUGGAUUUGAAGGGAAUAUUAAACACUGAUGAAACACCUUCAAGACUUUUAAUACACUGCCUUUAUUGUGACUUUAGCCAUUAUGUUCUACUCCAAAUGAAGAAUGAGUGGCCUGAAGUUUGGACAAUUACAUAUGAAGAAACAAACAUAUCUUGUGGUGGAUUUACACGGUUUGAGUUAAAAUUAGAUUCUUUAUUACGAAAUGAAAAAUAAAAAAUGAGUCAUUUACGUAAAAGGAAACCACUUUAUUUUUUUUUACAACACAGUGGCAUUUGACAGAAUGAGAAUUUGUACUUCUCCCAACAUUUUGGAUCCUCUAGGAAUUAUAGAAAAUACAUGUAUAGUACAAAAGAAACAGCCGUCAGGAGAACAGAAGAUAUACUGCAUGUUGUACAUCCAAUAACAUGUUUUAUGCUCAUGUUGAAUCACCUCUAGGUUAAUUUCCACAAGUCUAUGCAAAUAUGUAGACUUCACAAUGGCACAAAUUAUAAUUUCAUCUGACAAUAAAACAAAAGCUCAUGCAAA